GUGUAGACGUUUCGUAAUUUUACUGUAUCAUUUUAAAUUGUUUUUAAUGUUAAUGGAGUGUGUUUUUACAUACAUGCAUUAAAUUAUAACUACCACUACCAACCAGUAACUGUCUCCUAUAAAUUAAAUCAUUUAACACCAUUAUCUAAAACAUAUACCAAUAACCUGUUGGGCAACAUAACCACAAAAUGGAAUCAAUCUCACAGAAGAUGGCUGAAAUGACCGAAAUGUUUACUUAUAAGAUGGAUGAGUUCCAACGGGAUCUAAAAAAUAAUAACUCAGCAACUAGAAUCCCAUCUGAGAAACUUGCAUCAGAGUUUCAUGUGUUCAGAACUUUUGUCAUGUCAUCAUUGUCAUGCCUCCAGUCGCAGGUUAAUCUUUUAAAUCAGCUUUAUGACCAACAAGAAAUGCGGAGUAGACGCAAGAUGCUUCUAAUACAUGGUGUAACAGAGUCAAAAGAUGAAAAUCCUAGUGAGUGUGUUUCAAAAUUAAUAUCCGAUCAUCUUGAACUAGCUACAAUUGUACCCGAGGUGUUCUCCCGUUGUCACAGGAUGGGUGUAGCAAAAACGGAUAAACCACGUCCGAUUCUGGUUAAGUUCCAAGAUGCGAAGAUCCGUAAUCAAGUUUGGCUGGCUAAGACUAAACUCAAAGGUACAGCUAUAACAUUAUCUGAAUUUCUCACCAAGUGCCGACACGAAGUGUUUAUGGCUGCAAGAAAAAAAUUUGGUGUGUCAAAGUGUUGGACUAAAGAUGGGUCCAUUUUUGUGAUCAAUGCCGAUGGUGUUCGCCAACGAAUAAGCACAAUUGCUGACAUAGAAGCUUUACAACCACAAAAUUUAGACGGUGAGGGGCAAACCAUUACUGCUUCCGCUAGCACUUCUCAGAGGUUGUUGACUCAACAAAACUCCAGGGCCAGAAGAGUGCAAAAACAAAUUAAGUAG